GACAUAUCGUUUUAGGAAUUUAUAUUAAUCAACGUUUUUUCACAUGGCCAUGAAUAAAUAUUAUUGUACGGUAUAAUUUUAUGAGUAAAAGAUAUCCUGAUAUCAGGAGUUUGAAAAAAUAAUGAAAUAAUCGUCUGUAGAUAUGUGAAUGAACCCUGACCGUGAACGGUAACGUUAUACUGUUAUAAGCAUGCAUUUGCACGAACUGAUGUAUGCAUGCGGACAGUGCCCACCCCAACCGUCAUAUUUAUGAUAUUCAAUACUGGUAGAUAUCAGGGAUUUAGUCUUGUAACCAGUACAGCAGUACCGUACUGUAGUAUAAUACUGUAAUAUGUUUAUAAGUUAUGCAGGAACAAACUCUUGAUUCGUGGAAUGUUGUGGUAGCCAUAGCCCUUGUCUUUGUUUCUGCCUUUAUAAUAUGGUUUAGGCAGAGCAGGACUGAAGAUAAAAAAGAUGAUUCAGAAGAUGAUUCGAAACAAGAUGUGGGAACAAAUAAGUCAUCAAAACGUUCUCAGAAAUCUUCAACUUCAAAACAGUUGAAAAAAGCUUUCAACUUUACUCAUGACCUUCUUCACACAAGUCUGAAGGGUCAUGCUGGGAAUGUACUUGGAGUUCACUUCAGUAUCAAUGGAAAAUAUUUUGCCACUGCUGCUGCUGAUAGAACUGUUAGGCUAUGGAGUGUCAAAGAUUUCGGUUCUGGCAACAAAUGUGUUCAUGUCAAUGUUGAACUUGAUCAUGCAAAGUGUAUCCAAUUUAGCCCGGAUUCCAGGGCAUUUGUUGUUGGCUUGGCCAGAGGCAACAAUGUCAGAAUAUUCAGACUUGGUAAGAAGGACGACGGGACAACAAUGUGCAAUCCUUUGGAAAAUGAUUUCAAGGAUGAUUUCAAACAGGAAUUGCUCAAUAUUGGUGUUGGUGCCACAUCCAGUGGUGGAAGUUUUGUUAUGACUGCAUACAAAGACACAACAAUCAUUGUUCGUGAUAUUAAAGGAGAAGUUUUAAACACCAUCAACACCAACUUGGGAACCAAUAAUUAUGCAUGUGUGUCUCCAUGUGGCAGGUAUGUUGGUGCUUGUGGAUGGACUCCAGAUGUCAAAGUGUGGGAGGUCAGGUUUACUAAGACUGGGACAUAUAAGGAUGUUGUUCGGGCAUUUGAGUUGAAGGGACACAAAUCAUCAGUAUGGUCCUUUGCAUUCAACAAUGAUUCAACAAGGAUGAUCACUGUUUCCAAAAAAGGAAUGUGGAGGUUCUAUGACACUGAUAUAGAAUAUGAAAAAGGACAAGAGCCAUGUUUGUUAAAGGAAGGCUUGUUCAAUGUUGGCGACAUUUCACCAGCCGAUAAUUUCUGUUUUACUUCUCUCUCAUAUGAUGGUAAUGUUGCUGCAAUUGCAUCAUUGAAUAGUUUUUGCGUUCUGUCAACUAGAACAGGUGAUAUUGAUCAGCAGUUUAAGGAAGUUCAUUCUGAGUUGAUAACCGCACUGGCAUUCGAUAUUGGAGGAAAGUUUGUUAUUUCUGCUGGGGACAGACAUGUCCGGGUAUUCCAUAACAUCCUCGGAUAUAAAGAAAGUAUUGAAGUGCUGAGAGAAACUCUUCGAAAACACCCGCCAAGUUCUGCAACUCGAGAGAGAUUGGAGACUCAAAUCAAACUUAAGCAAUCUGAACUAGAUAAAAUUUUAUUGACGACACAAGAAAAAUCUGAUUCUUAAUGAUGUGCAAGUGGAUGAAGGGCGCAACCCAGGCAUAUAAUUUUUGUUCUGAUUGUUAUAUGAGGAAGAUCAUAAAAUUUGAUUCAGUUUUUGGUGUUGCUAGAAAGAUGUAUUGUCAGAUUUUAUGUAACUAGGUAGUUGUAUUACAUUAGUUCAUUUCUCUUCGAUUUAAUACCGAAACACCACAAGCAAGGUCAAUAUUGACUAUACUCCUGACUUGUUUUAGUUUUAUUAUCAAUGUGAACAUUAAGCUGAACUUCUUUUGACACCGAUGUGCGUCUGCCCUGAAUUUAUAGCUCUUAAACAUUUUAUUGGGCAUUAGUCUGAUAUGGAAACUUAAAAGUUGAAUACUCUGUAACUCCAAUAGUAUGAUCAAUCAAUUCCUAAUUACCUUAUUCCUCAUUAGGUUGUUUUGGUGCAUUAUGAACAAUUGCUAGUUGCUUUCUAGAGUUAGUCUAUGUGAUGUUGUAUUUAUGUCAAUCCAGUUGAAACAAAAUACCUUAUUAACUUUGCAAAUGUUGAAGAUGAAAAAGUGCAAUGAAGCAACACGUGUU